AUGAAGCUUUCUUCUCUCUUCAUCUUCUGCUCGUCUCUGAGCACCAUACUAGCAUUGCCAACCCACAAUGGAGUUGCCACCUCUCUUGAAGCGCGAAACAACGACAAUGGAGGCCGGAUCGACUCGCGCUCGAACUGGGUAGGCUCCUGGACGGCCAUGCCCCAGCUGUGCGAACCCGCCAACCUCCCGCCUGCCCCCUUCAACGCGUCUUCAGAAUCGGAUGCAGUCUUUGUGGAUACGACCCUGAGACAGACCAUCAAGCUCACCCUGGGCGGACGGGGGUUCAGGCUGAGAUUCAGUAAUGCGUUUGGCGGGACGGUCUUGCCCAUCUCGUCCGUCUCGGUCGCCUGUACCUCGAGCUUCAACGAAUCAGACACUGGAGUGAGCACGAUCGACCAGACCACCAUCCACCCAGUCACGUUCAACGGUGGCGAAGAGGGAUACACGAUCCCCACCGGAUCUCUGGCCGUCAGCGAUCCCAUCGAAUGGGCCGUUCAGGAUGGCGCUCUCUUGUCGAUCAGCAUGUACUUGCAAGACGGACAGAACGGAUCGGCCAUUACGGCGCAUCCGGGAAGUCGGACGACCUCAUACUUGAUCAGUGGGAACCAUACUGUCGAUGCGGAUUUGCAAGGAGCCACCACGGUCGAUCACUGGUACUUUAUCAGCGGAGUCGAGGUGGUCGCCGAACAAGAUGAUGCGGCGGCGAUCGUCGUUGUCGGCGAUAGCAUCACCGAUGGUCGAGGAAGUGAUACCAACGAGAACAAUCGGUGGACCGACGACUUUGCCACUCGUAUUCAACAAGCCAACCUGCCCCUAUCCGUCCUCAAUCAGGGAGCCGGUGGGAACAGGAUCCUCGCCGACGGACUCGGUCCGAACGCCCUGUCCCGAAUCGAUCGGGACGUCCUCGCCCAGACCCGGGUCAAGUACGCGAUCAUCUUUGAAGGGGUCAACGAUAUCGGCACGGCGGCGAACACUUCUGCCGCUCAGGCCGACGUCGUCGAGCAAUUGAAAGAAGCGUACAGACAGAUGGUAGAGAGGUUGCAUGCGCAAAAGAUCGUGGUGUAUGCGGGGACGAUCACGCCGUUCGGGAACAACUCGUACGACGACCCUGCCGGCUUACGGGCUGCUUCCCGGGUCGAGAUCAACGGCUGGCUUCGAGCCAAUUCAAACUCGGAUAGGUCCGGCCUCUUUGACGGUCUGUUGGAUUUCGAUGCGGCCGUCAGGGACGAUUCGAAUGGAGGCAAGACGUUGAAGCCAGAGUACGACGUGGGCGGUCUGUCUGGGGAUGGGUUACACCCGAACCCCAAAGGUUAUCACGCGAUGGCGGACUCGAUCCCACUCGAGCUGUUCCAGUGA